AUCCAAGCCACCUGGUAUGAGAAGCUGCAUGAGUGGGAAGAUGCCCUGGUGGCAUACGACAAGAAGAUCGACAUGAACAAAGAGGAUCCAGAGCUCAUCCUAGGCAGGAUGCGCUGCUUAGAGGCCCUGGGAGAAUGGGGCCAGUUACACCAGCAGUGCUGUGAGGAGUGGACACUGGUGAGCGAGGAAACCCAGGCCAAGAUGGCUCGUAUGGCUGCUGCUGCCGCCUGGGGUCUAGGGCACUGGGACAGCAUGGAGGAGUACACAUGCAUGAUCCCAAGAGACACACACGAUGGCGCUUUUUACAGGGCAGUGCUCGCCCUGCAUCAGGACCUCUUCUCAUUGGCCCAGCAGUGUAUUGACAAAGCAAGAGACCUCCUGGAUGCGGAGCUGACGGCCAUGGCUGGAGAGAGCUACAGUCGAGCCUAUGGGGCCAUGGUAUCUUGCCAGAUGCUGUCAGAGCUCGAGGAGGUGAUCCAGUACAAGCUGGUGCCAGAGAGGAGGGACAUCAUCAGGGAAACAUGGUGGGAGAGGCUUCAGGGUUGUCAGCGUAUUGUGGAGGACUGGCAGAGAAUACUGAUGGUCCGAUCGCUGGUCAUCAGCCCUCACGAGGACAUGAGGACUUGGCUGAAGUACGCCAGCCUCUGUGGCAAGAGUGGACGUCUGGCACUGGCCCACAAGACCCUGGUGCUCCUUCUUGGUGUCGACCCCUCCAAGCAACUUGAUCACCCGCUGCCAACAGCCCACCCACACGUCACCUACGCUUAUAUGAAGUAUAUGUGGAAGAGUGCCCGCAAGAUUGAUGCCUUUCAGCACAUGCAACACUUUGUGCAAGGGAUGCAGCAGCAGGCCCAGCACGCCAUUGCAGCUGAGGACCAACAGCACAAGCAGGAGGUCCACAAACUGAUGGCCAGAUGUUUCCUGAAGCUGGGAGAGUGGCAGCUCAGUCUGCAGGGGAUCAAUGAGAGCACCAUCCCCAAGGUUUUGCAGUAUUACAGCCAUUCCACUGAGCAUGACCGCAACUGGUACAAGGCCUGGCACGCAUGGGCCGUGAUGAAUUUUGAGGCGGUCCUACACUACAAGCACCAAAACCAAGGACGCGACGAAAAGAAGAAGUUGCGACACGCCAGCGGUGCCAGUGCUAACAGUGAAGCCAGCAACAGUGACAGCGAAGUGGACAGCACAGACCACAGUCCUGUGCCUUCACCGGGCCAGAAAAAGGUCAAUGAGGAUCUCUCAAAGACGUUGCUCUUGUACACAGUUCCUGCUGUUCAAGGUUUCUUCCGCUCCAUAUCCCUGUCCAGAGGCAAUAACCUGCAGGACACACUCAGGGUUCUGACUCUUUGGUUUGACUAUGGUCAUUGGCCUGAAGUGAACGAAGGCCUGGUGGAGGGCAUCAAGACCAUUCAAAUCGACACCUGGCUGCAGGUGAUCCCUCAGCUCAUAGCUCGAAUCGAUACCCCUCGAGCCCUGGUGGGGCGCCUCAUCCACCAGCUGCUCACAGACAUCGGACGCUAUCAUCCUCAGGCUUUGAUCUACCCACUGACUGUGGCCUCCAAGUCCACCACCACAGCACGCCACAAUGCUGCGAACAAAAUCCUGAAGAAUAUGUGUGAACACUGCAACACUUUGGUUCAGCAGGCCAUGAUGGUGAGUGAGGAACUCAUCCGAGUGGCCAUCUUAUGGCACGAAAUGUGGCACGAAGGCCUUGAAGAAGCUUCACGUCUUUACUUUGGUGAGCGCAAUGUCAAGGGAAUGUUUGCUGUGCUGGAGCCUCUACAUGCCAUGAUGGAGAGAGGACCACAAACCCUCAAAGAAACCUCUUUUAACCAGGCUUAUGGCAGGGACUUGAUGGAGGCUCAGGACUGGUGCAGGAAGUACAUGCGGUCUGGAAAUGUCAAAGACCUGACUCAGGCCUGGGACCUCUACUACCAUGUGUUCAGACGCAUCUCCAAACAGCUGCCACAGCUGACCUCCCUGGAGCUGCAGUACGUGUCUCCAAAGCUGCUUAUGUGCCGGGACCUGGAACUGGCCGUACCAGGCACUUACGACCCCAACCAGCCCAUCAUCCGCAUCCAGUCCAUCGCCGCCUCCCUGCAGGUCAUCACCUCCAAACAGCGCCCCCGCAAGCUCACCAUCAUGGGCAGCAAUGGCCACGAAUUCAUGUUCCUGUUGAAGGGCCAUGAGGACCUGAGGCAGGAUGAGAGAGUCAUGCAGCUCUUUGGUUUAGUCAACACACUGCUGGCCAACGACCCUGCGUCACUGCGCAAGAACCUCAGCAUUCAGCGCUACGCAGUGAUCCCCCUCUCCACCAACUCAGGCCUGAUUGGCUGGGUACCCCACUGUGACACCCUGCAUGCCCUCAUCAGAGACUACAGAGAGAAGAAAAAGAUUUUGCUCAACAUUGAACAUCGCAUCAUGCUAAGGAUGGCCCCAGACUAUGACCACCUAACACUGAUGGAGAAGGUCGAGGUGUUUGAGCAUGCCGUCAACAACACGGCAGGAGAUGACCUUGCCAAGCUCCUGUGGCUCAAGAGCCCAAGCUCAGAGGUGUGGUUCGACAGGAGGACCAAUUACACUCGCUCCCUGGCUGUGAUGUCAAUGGUGGGAUACAUCCUCGGACUGGGUGACAGGCAUCCAUCCAACUUGAUGUUGGAUCGAUUAAGUGGGAAGAUUCUCCACAUUGACUUUGGAGACUGUUUUGAGGUGGCCAUGACCAGAGAGAAGUUCCCUGAGAAGAUUCCAUUCAGACUGACAAGGAUGUUGACCAACGCCAUGGAGGUGACAGGCUUGGACGGUAAUUACCGCAUCACAUGCCACACAGUGAUGGAGGUGCUGAGGGAGCACCGGGACAGCGUCAUGGCCGUGCUGGAGGCCUUCGUCUACGACCCGCUGCUGAACUGGAGGCUCAUGGACACAAACAUCAAAGGCAACAAGCGUUCCCGAACCAGGACCGACUCGUACACUGCAGGACAGUCAGUGGAGGCUCUGGAGGGUAUAGACCUGGGAGAGACCACACACAAGAAACCAGGGACCACAGUGCCUGAAUCCAUUCACUCCUUCAUUGGAGACGGCCUGGUACAGCCUGAAGCACUCAACAAGAAGGCUAUUCAGAUCAUCAACAGAGUGAGAGACAAACUUACAGGUCGAGACUUCUCUCACGAUGAGACGCUGGAUGUGCCAACACAAGUGGAGCUCCUCAUCAAGCAAGCCACAUCACAUGAAAACCUGUGCCAGUGCUACAUCGGAUGGUGUCCAUUUUGGUGAAGACCUGUGUUCAGCAGCCGAGGAGAAGCACUCAACUCUAACAGAAAUCCACGAUGCAGAGCAACACAGAAUGUUUUUUUUUUCUUUAAUGUUUUUCAGCUGCUGUUGAAUUGUACAAUUUUCCAGUGACACGUUUUAAGUAUAUGACUUAAAGUACAUUAACACCUCUGGUUUUAUCUGAUGAUCUUUUCCACAUUUUUAACAACAUCAUCACAAUAAGCUCUAUACAGUGGCCAGAGUGUUUAAACAUUUCUUACUUCACUCAAGUUGAAAACCCUCCAGUCCAUCGUAUCAUUUUGAAUUGAUGAGAUGGUCUGCCUUUUUACUAAGUUAAGCAUUCUUUAAAUGUAAACUCCUGAGAGGAUGGAAGUAAAAUUUGAUUUGAGAUCAUCUUGAAGUACUGUACAGGCAGUUGUUUGCCAAUAAAUCCUGCAGAGAUA